GGUCUCGUCGACAAUAUGGCACCGGCCGGUCCCAGCGCUCGCCAGUGUAGUUGCGAGUGCCACGGCGAGCACACGCAGCAGCCAGCGCUCUGAGAACACCACUUUGCCCUCCGCCGCUCUGCCUUGAGACGAAUACCGGAAUUAAGACUUACUAUCCUUACUCUGCCGUUCCAAGAGACAGAUUUGUUUGAAUUGCUUUUAUUGUCUUUGUAAAGUAUCAAGAAAGCUCAAUUCACAGACAGAAAGAUAGCAAAGGAAAGACAGAAUAGAUAUAUAUUUCUAUACAUACAUAUAAGUUUCACUAGAUCUAUAUAUAUUUAUAUAUAUCAUUCCCUCAUAUAACGACCAAAAAGAAAAAAAAACUAUUUGAAACGUGAAAGAGGAAAAUAAGAGCUAUUCAUUAUUACGAAAAGACCCACUUCUUAAAAAAAAAAAAAUAAACACCGACAUUGUGGCCCAAAAUCCGAACGCACCGACCAGCUCUUAAACGCCGGUGUCCCACGCGUUCUCCGGGAGGAUGAUGCCACACGAUGUCCAGGAACACAGCGGGGAGGGGGACUCGGAGUGCGCUGACCUCCUCGAGAGUGAGCUCAACGUGAGCCUUAAGCCCCUGGUGGUCAAAGCAGGGCAGAAUGGCAACGUGUUCACGGCCAAGCGACGCCAGGAAACAGGUGACGUCUGGGCGACAGUUAAGCAGAUUGUGGCCGCCAUCUUCGCCUCCCUCUCGUCCGUGAGCAUCGGAUUCAUCACAGCUUACUCAUCACUCACGCUUCCUCAGCUCAGAAAUGACACUUCCAUCGACUAUGUGGAUUCUCGGGACUCAGGAUGGAUUGGUGAGUAUUUUUGAGUCAAUGAGUGAGUGAGUGGAUGAAUG